UCUCUCUCUCUCUCUCUCUCUCUCUCUCUCUCUCUCUCUCUCUCUCUCUUUCGCACCGCUCCUGGACUUUUCAGUUGCCUUGAAUUCCCUCAGCAUCAUACCUGCCUCCUUUACGACACCAAUUUACCGGUAUCUUUACUCUGUACUUGCAUCCGUCAUUUCGGCUACUCUGCCUACGUACAGCCUGCGUGUGUCCAUCUGCUACCCAUUCACAUCCACGUAUCUUGUCCUUGCUAAGUGGCUACCGACAGGACUGAGAGUCCUCGUCCCACUUGCUCCUAUGUAUCCCAAGGUAGGGAGGCACUUCACGAGAUACAAAAAUACGUAUCUUCAGGUCUGUCUGUUCGUAAGGAGCUACCUCGUACAUGAAGUAGUUGGUGGCGUGCCGGACUAUGGCAAAGUACCUCUUUUCGCAUCGCAACUGCACCGCACAUUCACUUCUUGCUUGUUGCUUUCUUGCUGCUAGUGCCCUGAUCCCUCCUCCCCAGUCCACGUCCACGUCGCAGUCCCCAUCCACAUUGUUCAUCCCCAGGCCCCAGAACAUCUCGCAAAGUCUCCAGAUGCCUCUCCUCAAGUUCCUCCUCCUCCUCGUCGCUUCGUCUCUCGGUCUCCAGUUUCCCAGUUUCUAUCUUCCAUGCGGCUUAGCACGCUGUGAUUCAACCCCAUGUGAGGCCUUCAUCUCCUCGAUCAACUAUCAUUUCCACUUACUCUCUCCGUUUCCAAGUCUCAAUAAUAGUUAGUGCUUCCCUUCAAGCCCGGGUCCAGUCCUCGCUACUUCUCCACACAGACGAGGUCUCCCCCUGCCACCCCUUGGACUCCUUGCCCACCAUCACCCUUGCUUGCACCAUCGAGCCCUUUCCCGAAUAACCAGAAGCAAAGGCAAAAAAAAAAAAAAAAAACUGUGUCUCCCACACCCCCCCCCCCCCCCCCCC